GUUUAUUCGGGAGGCACCGCCAGACGUCUACUUUGCUCCGUUACAUCCGAAUUGUGUGUAUGAGUAGAAUGACACAUUACUAGGUGUCAAACUCAGCUUAAGGUUAAAACAGUGUUUUGAAGAUUUAAAGGUCUUAAUAUGCUGAGACGUGCAGUAGGAAAAAGUCUGGCAUUUGUGGGCUUUACCAUCCAAUAUGGCUGCAUCGCUCAUUGCACGCUAGAGUACAUUGGAGAAUUGGUGGUGUGUUCCGGACCAUCUAUGGAGCCCACCAUCAUCAACCAUGACCUAGUCUUCUCAGAGCGGCUGAGUCGCCAUUUUUACCGAAUCGAAAAGGGAGAUAUUGUGAUUGUCAAAAGUCCUUUUGAUCCAAGGAUGAAUAUUUGUAAAAGAGUAAUUGGAUUAGAAGGAGACAAAGUGUGCGCCAGCAGCCCGUCAGAUACAUUUAAAACCCACACUUACGUCCCGAAAGGACAUGUGUGGCUGGAAGGGGAUAACCUGAGGAACUCGACAGACUCACGGGCGUACGGCCCCGUGCCCUAUGCCCUCAUCCGAGGACGCGUUUGCUUGAAGCUUUGGCCCCCACCCAGUUUUGGAAGACUAAGCAAGAGUCCAACUGGAAGGAUUAUACCAAGGGAUUAAGCUUCUUGCAGGCUGUAAAUGUAUUGUAAGAUAUUGUAAGUAGCUAAUAUGUUGUACAGUGAUACUUUUCAAUAAAGUUUUUAUUUAAAUUUA